AUGUCGUCAACAUACCACACCGUUAGCGAGUUCAACAUCUCCACCAGCGAAUCCGCUGCUCACGUCAUCUCCGUCGAUAUCAAGGACUACAAAGAUGACCACGAAACAACCUGGUGCAGGGUCAUCGACGCCAACAUCGAUAACCCCACGAUCACUUGUCCCCAGUUCCUUGAUCACAUUGCAACCGCAACAGCAUACAUAAUUGAUCGUUGGGCCAUGGGCGAAGCCGAAUGCGACUGGGUGGACAUGGACGAGCUCUCCCAAGAAGCGGGCGAGCUUUUCAAAAGCAAAGUCUUCUACGACGAAAUAACCAUGGAGCCAUUCGUACUCUUCCAUGAAGUCAGAGUCGCGCAUGAGUACUGGAGACAGGGGCUCGGACGCAUCAAAGCUGUGCUCAAGAAAGCGCACGAAUCGCUGGGUGGUGCGUUCUGGGUCAUUGUUGCUCCGGGCCAUUUGGGCAUGGAAGUAGCGCAAGAGUUGAUGCGUAGUGGUAGUACUUGGGCGGAUGAAGACAAGGUGUUUGAGAUUCAGGGACGGCAGCUCGAUGCGGCGCAGGCUUUUUGGAAGGCGGUGGGAGUCGCUCCGAUCAAGGGUACGCAGUUUUACUAUGGAUUCGUGAAAGGGGACGGGGAGGUUGAUAAACGCAUUCAGUGA